AGUAGGCCUAGAUUGUACAUCGUGAAUCAACACUACGGCUGAUGUGAUUCCGACAAGCCUCCUCACCAUUCUGGAUGAUGUUAUAUAGAUCUAUGCAUAUAUGCACGCGCACAACGAUCGAGACAUUGUAAACGUUGAUACUUUUUUUGUUUUGUUAUAAUAAUUGGCGAAACAUUCUUUGAGCUUGAAAUCAAUGUUUUCUCGCUGUCAAAACAGAAACGCUUCUUUUUUGUCUAUCAGCGAAGUGAAAACAGAUGUCUUUGCAGCAGAAUCAUCAAAAGUGUUCUUCUGAGGGCAACGCCUCAUAGAGCCAGGUCUUUGAUGUUUGACAUUUCGAUGAUCAGAUCAAAGCAUCGAGUCUUUAAACAUCUGGAAAGAACAUGCCACUCAGAUUCAUUGGCUAGAUAAGGAGAGAUCUAGAUCUAGUAAAUUUGUGGCUAAGAUUUGACAAGCCAAGUACUUCGUGGAAGCAGAAAAGACCGUGUGUGAUUGGUCCUGGACCCCGAGCACGUCGUCCUCUGGCUUGAUAUAUAAUAUUCCACGCUGCGGCUAGGUCAUGGUGUGCAAUGUUGCCAUAACUUCCUAACCACGUCCAGCAUUGAAUGGCAAAUGGCAAGCCUCUCGACACACUCUUGAUCCGACUACUUGGCUAGGCCUAGGUGAGGUAAGCCUUGCAGCGAGUGGCUACCCGUGUCCAUUGUGAGGUCAACACGGGGCACUGAAUAACGCUGGUGUGAUAGAGGGCGUCUGCGUGUGUGUUCGGGAAGAGAGCACACUGGAGAGUGGAGAGAAAGAGAGGGGGAGACGGGGCUCGAGAGGCAGAAGAUAAAAGCAGUUGGAUCGACGCGCAGGCGGUCACUACACGUACGCGUCAAGGUGCCUGGACGAAGGGCAUAUUUGAGGAGAUCAAAACAUGGCUGAACUAAAAGGCUACAAAUCGGCUAACACCAACGGAAAAGUUUCCCCAGAGGGAGAGCGCAAUGAAGGUGAUGGCAGUGAAGUUUCCCCUGCUGAAGUUUACGUAAAUGGUCAUUUAGAGGAGCAAAAUGGCAGUGGCCCAUCCAGGCCAAGCACAGCUGUGGGGUCGGAGAAGAUCGACCGCGACAAAGAUGGAGGGUCAUCGGCUGAUGAUGGAGAGAAUGGCAAAAAGAAGAAAGCCGAUGAAAAAGUCAACAUGGUCGGGUCUCUGGAAGUGUUCAGGUUCUCAGACUGGAAGGACAGAUUGAUGAUGUUUGUUGGAUCAAUUUGUGCCAUCGCUAAUGGAGCUGCUCUACCCUCCAUGAUUGUUAUUUUUGGAGAAAUGAUUGACUUGUUUGUGGACACAGGAAAACUUGAAAAUUUCUUGAGAUAUGAAAUUGCGGCUUUCAUGAACAGCACGGGAUUGACAGUAGAGGAAGUAUUCAAGGACGUAUCUAUUCUGAAUCCUGGUAAAUGCACAGAGUUGUCAAAUUUCUAUGGUGGAAACAUUACAUGUGCUGAUGUACCAGUUAGUGAUGGCAUCCUCGAUGCAAUGACAGAGUUUGCCAUAUACUACUGUAUAAUUGGAGGUGGUGUGAUGUUGACAGCAUAUCUUCAAGUGGCAAUGUGGAUGGCGGCUGCAGAGCGACAGGCCCACAGAAUUCGUCAGGAGUUUCUGAAAAAUGUCCUGAGACAAGACAUUGGGUGGUAUGACACACACGAAGCUGCUGAGCUGAACACAAGACUAGCUGAUGAUGUGACCAAGAUCCAAGAUGGAAUUGGUGACAAAGUCGGAUCUUUCCUUCAAUGGUUUUCUUCUUUUGUUGCUGGAUUUGUCAUUGGCUUUGUGUAUGGGUGGAAGCUCACACUAGUCAUCUUAGCAGUCAGUCCAUUUUUAGCAGGGGCUGCAGGAUUGUUCAGCAAGCUUGCGGCUUCAAUGACGGCGAAAGAGCUGGAGGCCUACGCCAAAGCAGGUGCUGUUGCUGAGGAAGUGUUUGGUGCAAUCAGGACAGUCGUGGCAUUUGGAGGACAAGAGAAAGAGUCAGAACGUUAUGCUGGUAACCUCAGUGAAGCAGAGGCCUUUGGUGUGAAAAAAGGAUUCACUAAUGGAGCAUCUAUGGGCAUCAUCUGGUUUGUCAUCAUGGGCUGUUAUGCUUUGGGAUUUUGGUAUGGAGGAAAACUCGUUCGAGAGGAUAGCGACUAUGAUGUCAGCAACAUGAUUAUCGUAUUUUUCAGCGUUCUGAUAGGUGCUUUCUCCCUGGGAAAUGCAGCUCCAAAUAUUCAGUCGCUUGCCACGGCCAGGGGUGCAGCUUACACAGUGUUCAACCUCAUUGAUUUGAAAUCUGCUAUAGACAGCAGUUCAGAUGAGGGAGAGAAGCUUUCUUCUGUCAGGGGAACUAUCCAGUUUCGUAACAUUAACUUUGCAUAUCCAUCUCGUCCAGAUGUCACGGUGUUGGAUGGUAUGAACUUGGAAGCUUUACCUGGACAAACAGUGGCCCUAGUUGGAGCUAGUGGAUGUGGAAAGAGCACAACUGUCCAACUGUUGCUGCGCUUUUACGACCCUCUGAAAGGACAAGUUUUUUUGGAUGGCAAGGACAUUAAAGACCUAAACAUCAAGUGGUUGCGUCGCAACAUUGGACUUGUGAGUCAAGAACCUGUGCUGUUUGCAACAACCAUAGCAGAAAACAUUCGGUAUGGACGAGAAGACGUCACAAUGGAAGAAAUCAUCCAGGCUGCCAAGAAUGCUAACGCUUAUGACUUCAUCAUGAACCUUCCCCAAAAAUUUGACACUAUGGUUGGAGAGAGGGGUGCUCAACUCAGUGGUGGACAAAAGCAGCGAGUUGCUAUUGCAAGAGCCCUCGUGAGGAACCCCAAGAUCCUUCUGUUGGAUGAGGCUACCUCAGCACUUGACACUGAGAGUGAAUCCAUUGUGCAGGAUGCAUUAGACAAGGCUCGUGAAGGAAGAACAACUCUUGUUAUUGCUCAUCGGCUGUCAACCAUCAAAACUGCAGAUAUCAUCUGUGGCUUUGACAAGGGAACUGUUGUUGAAAAAGGAACUCAUAAUGAUUUGAUGGCCAAACAAGGAAUAUAUUAUCAACUUGUGACAAAUCAGUCUAAAGGAAAAAGUGAAGAGGCUACUAAAGAUGAAGAGUUAGAAGAAAUGGUUGACAAAGUGACAGAGAAACAUAAACCGCAGCGAGCUGUGUCCACUGUAAAGCGACAAAUGUCAGAACCAGAAGACAAGAAAGCUGAAGAGGAAGAGGAUGAGAAACUGCCUGAUGCCCCUUUCUUCCGGUUGCUCAAGAUGAAUGCACCAGAGUGGCACUUCAUUCUAUUGGCCUGCUUUGGAAGCAUUAUCAAUGGUGGUGUCCAGCCUGCCUUUGCCGUGAUUUUCAGUGAAAUCCUCGAGGUGUUCUCAAAAUCUGAGAGUGAACAAAAGAAGCAAAUUCAAAUGUAUUGCCUGAUCUUUGUUGGGCUUGGUGUGGUCAGCCUCAUUACAAUGUUCAUACAGGGUUAUUUCUUUGGAAAAUCUGGAGAGAAACUGACUACCAGACUCAGGAACAACACAUUCCAGUCCAUGCUCAGACAGGACAUUGCCUGGUAUGAUGAUCACAAGAACAGUGUUGGGGCCCUGACCACCCGGCUAGCAACAGAUGCAUCUCUUGUCCAGGGGGUGACAGGUGUGAGACUUGGCAAUGUUCUGAUGGGUCUUGCCAACAUGGGAACAGCCAUCGUUAUUUCUUUCAUUUAUGGCUGGAAACUCACUCUGGUCAUUCUUGGUUUCAUGCCUUUUAUUGUCUUGGGUGGAAUCAUGGAGGUAAAACUGUUGGCUGGACAGUCAGGAAAGAACAAGGAAGCUCUGGAAGGUGCUGGAAAGGUAGCAACAGAGAGUAUUGAGAACAUUCGCACAGUAGCGUCUUUGUCAAAGGAGCCAACAUUCUUCAGCCUAUACAUGGACCAGCUUGAGACUCCGUACAAAGCAGCUCUGAAGAGGGCCCACCUGGUUGGCCUCACUUAUGCCUUCUCACAAUCCAUCAUCUACUUUGCUUAUGCUACGGCCUUUGUGUUCGGGGCCUACCUUAUUGAGGAGAAAGAGAUGGACUAUGCAGAUGUGUUUUUGGUGUUUGGAGCUAUUGUCUUUGGAGCUAUGGGCCUUGGAAAUGCAUCUGCCUUUGCUCCUGAUGUAGGAAAAGCCCAGGUUGCAGCCAAACGAAUUCUUCAUUUGCUUGACAGUCAACCAUCCAUUGACCACACUUCCCCAGAUGGCAAUAAACUUCCUAGCGACUAUCAUGCUGAGGUGACAUUUCAGUCUGUGAAGUUCCGGUACCCUACCCGCCCCACAGUGGAAGUCUUGCAAGGACUCAGCUUCUCUGUAUCUCCAGGCCAGACCCUUGCCCUUGUGGGUAGCAGUGGGUGUGGCAAAAGCACCUCUGUGCAGCUCAUUGAGCGCUUUUACGACUCAGAAGAUGGUGCUGUGUGCCUAAGCCAGAAUGAUCUGAAAACUCUCAACAUCCAAUGGCUGCGAGCUCAAAUAGGCAUUGUGUCUCAGGAGCCUGUCCUGUUUGAUCGUAGUAUUGCUGAGAACAUCGCCUACGGAGAUAACAGCAGAGUGGUGUCGAUGGACGAGAUCAUCAGUGCUGCACGGGGAGCAAACAUUCAUAGUUUUAUUUCAAGUUUGCCCGAUGGUUACAACACUAAUGUGGGAUCAAAAGGCACCCAGCUCAGUGGUGGUCAGAAGCAGAGAGUGGCCAUAGCACGAGCUCUGGUGAGAAACCCAAAGAUCCUUCUUCUUGAUGAGGCAACCUCUGCUCUGGAUACAGAGAGUGAAAAGGUUGUCCAAGAAGCCCUGGACCAGGCAAGACAAGGCCGCACUUGUGUUGUCAUAGCUCACAGACUUUCCACCAUUCAGAAUGCAGAUAAAAUCUGUGUGGUCAGUCAUGGAAAAGUUUCUGAAACUGGCACCCACUCUGAGUUGAUGGGGAAACAAGGGUUCUACUACAAACUUGUGAAGAAUUCUGUGAGACAGUGAGCUGAAUUCUAAACCAAGUGGAGUGCAAGUUCACACCAGGGUGACAGCUGGGUCCACACACUGUGAGACAUGUGGCUCCAGACCAAAGUGGAGACUGGUUAAACAGAUUCUCAUUAGCAUACCGCUACACCUUCCAGCACCCCAUCCCACCCCCUCCAGCUUUUUUCUGUGGCACUAGUACCCAAGACGGUGGAUGGGGGACAAAUGUGGUUUGCCAAUGACAUUCGAAUCUGUUCAUAUUAUCAAGUUGACUUUUUAUAUGCAUUUUGGAAUGGCUUUUCAGUCAUUACACAUCUACAAUAAUCUGCGCAACCUCAUGUUUGGUCUCAGCAAAUCCCACCCUCUACAUUUCACCUGAUGCCACUGUCUGUUUAGGCUACAAAGAAUGAUUUAACACUUUGUCGUCACAUCUCGCCGAUCGGUGAUGUUUACUGCCCAGUUUCUUUGGAUUUUCCCCCAAAUGCCUUUGCCUUUGAUGGCAAGGGUUUUUACUAUAUUAUGAGCCUUGUGAUGGCAGAGUGUGUAGAAUAUUCUCUUAUUAAUAUUAGUAUUAUGUUGAAAAGUAAAUACAUACCUCGUUAAGUAUUUCCUGUAGUGUAAGUUUUUCAAACUGUCAAAAGAUGUAUGUUCAGAACUGUGUCUUGUGGUAAGCUUAUAGUGACUACUGAGAUCUGUGCAACCUGAAUACAAACCCCCUGUCAGUGAAAAAGUGAACAAGUUUUCAAUUAAUGAGAAUUUUAACCACAAUGCUCUGUGUUACAGUGAGCCUAGUAUAUGAGGCUGUGUGGGGGUUUUCUUGUCUUUAUACAAAUAUAAAAUAUUGAUGACAGUUAAGUGUGAUUUUGGUAAACAAAAAAGGGAAUUUCUUGACUUGUAAGAUUUUUUUAUUUCUUGAAAAACAAUUUUGAAUCAUAAUGCAUUGUCUUCAGUUCACAGAUAUCCAUGCUUAGAGAUGGAAAGCAGCCACUCGCAUCCACGAAGAAAGCAGAAUCAGUGAAAUAUUCUGUGAUCGAACAAAACCAUUUUUAAAAUGCGGGUAUCAAUAAACGCUAUUGUUGUUUAGAAUACUUACAAGUAUUUUUAUAUAAACUUUUUAUCCAAGCGCCUCUUUUACUUUUACACCUUAUUUUCUCAUCUGCCUUAUUACAUGGACAAGGCCUCCUUGCAUUUUGAAUGCUAUGUGAUUCAACAAGUAUAAUAUUGUUGUUUCAGUUACAUUAACUCUUAUUGAGUCAUGUGUGACCACUGACGUGUAUCACGUUACACUUAUUUCGGUCUGAAGCUCUUUCAUACUUACAGGUCUGCACAAAUCGAUUUGUUAAGUUUGUUAUUGUAGUGAUUAGAAUUUUUGUAAACCUUUGUAAUGUUUCAAACAUUAAACAUCGUGAACUAUAAA